AUGCCAAACGUUUCAGGGCGUGCUGUUCUUCCAAACGACACAACAUUUGUUAAACCGUUAGAAGAGUUGCUUCAAGCACUCAAAAACGAUGACACUGAACCACCAUCUUCGUUUAGCACUAUCAGAGAAGCCGUUAUCAGAUUUAUUUACCACAAGAAAUAUUUCAACACAAAAAAGACUCCUUUCACACUCAAGUCAAUGAACGAGGUUAAAACAGCCUUUGCAAAAAUUAAAAAGUACUUUGCAGACAAAGGCGAUGCAACAGAAGGUUGCAUCAAUGACAUAGAGAACGGAGAAGGUGUAGACGACGGAGACGAUACGAAGAAGACCACUGAAAACGAAAGUACCCCAUCCAAACAGUUGUUUUUAAUGCAAAUGCCCUCACUGACGCCUCUAUCGUCAGAUGAUAGACAACUGGGAAAGUCUGUUUUGUCACCACCGUUGUCUCCCAUUUCUUCACCUUUUAUUGAAAGUAUUGGUGUUAGUUCACAACUUCCACAAGCACCUCUUUCUUCAUGGGAGAGUGACGAAAGAAAAGAAAGAGUUUUUCAAUUAUUGGAAUCCGAAAUCGAGAGAUACAAAGAAAAACUUUGCGAUUCCGAAAAGAAAGUAGCUAGUUUGACAAAGGAAUUGGAAAAAAAAACUACCGAGCUGGAAGAAUACAAAAGGUUGGAAUCUAAGGUUUCAGAAGGCUCUUGCCUGCUGAAAAGUAAUUAUGUCCACGAAAUUGUGAAAUAUGUUGCAACUAUCGCAUCAAUCAAUAUUACAGACUGGGCCAAAGAGGACUACGAGAGUAUUGUAAAAUUCUUUCAGAUCCAUUCGGUUCACCGAGAUUUCUCAGUCGACCUAACCAAAUAUUACUCCAAUCACCAUCUGUUUAAAUCAGACGAUGAUGACAAGAUUUCUGGUGUUGGAGAAAUUAGCGACGAUGAGGAAUUAGACAAAAGGAACAAAAGAAAGAAAUCAGCCUCGUCCUCGCCUUCAGCCUCAGAAACAGAAGUCGUUGCCCAGUUCAAAACCAUUAAAAUUUUGCGAAGAGACUUGGAAAGAUUGCAGAAUUUUGAAUAUUUAAACGAUAUCGUGCUUGGCAUUUCCUGCACCAGUUUUAAGCAUACAGAUCUUGUAGCAAAUAAGGUGUUUGUUCCAGGUUGCAGAGACGAUUACUUCUUUCUCUUCCUAUUUGACCUGAACUUCAAGAAAAAAAGCGGAACUGCAACCCUGUAUGACUCUCUUGGAAGGCAUCACGACGAUUAUUUGGUACACCUACAACAGUUCAUGAAUAUAUUUUUAACAGACUUUAACAUAGAAUUCAAAAGCUGCAAGAGCUGCAAACGACAACAAAAUGGUAUCGAUUGUGGGAUGUACAUAAUAAGCUACAUGCAGUACCUCUCACAAAAAGGAUGUAAUGACAGUGAAAUUGCAACAGCUCCAAUAAUGACAAGAGGUGAAUUGCAGGCUCUGAUAGGUAAAUACAGUGUUCAAUAA